AUGCCACUCGCUCCUACAACAACCAAAUCAACACAACAUCGUUCACCAUCGUCAAUAUUAAUUGAAGAUAAUGAUGAUGCUCAACCACAUGUUACUUUUCUUAAACAACAAAAAUAUACUGGUAAAAAAACUAGCAUGAACACUUCGAAUACUGGAAUAUCGUCUGCAUCAACAAGCGAUCGAAUACCACCUAAUCUAUUAGAAAUGAAAAAACAACGUUUAAUAGCAGCGGCUGAUAGAAAAAAACGUAUUAUUACACGAAUCAUAAGUAUUAUUGGACUUUUAAUAAUUCUAUUAUGUGCUGGUAUCGUUGCACUUACACUUAAAAUGGCACCUAAAAUUGAUGAACUUGUUCGUACUAAAUCCGGUGCACAUCAUCCAUCAGUUCAUCUUCAAUCUCGAAUACUUAUGUCACUAAACACAGUAACAAAUGAAUAUCAUAAUUUUACUUCAAAUACAUCAUCGACAUAG